ACUGGUCAACAAGAGAUGGUUCCAACUAAGAAGAGCGCUGUUCUCGUGGACGGGGUCAUACUGAAUGGCCCCACCACAGAUGCAAAGGCAGGAGAAAAGUUUGUUGAAGAGGCCUGUAGGCUAAUAAUGGAAGAGGUGGUUUUAAAGGCAACAGAUGUCAAUGAGAAGGUUUGUGAAUGGCAGCCUCCUGAACAACUGAAACAGCUUCUUGAUUUGGAGAUGAGAGACACAGGAGAGCCGCACCACAGGCUGUUGGAACUCUGCCGGGAUGUCAUACGCUACAGUGUCAAAACUAACCAUCCAAGAUUUUUCAACCAGUUGUAUGCUGGACUUGAUUAUUACUCCUUGGUGGCUCGAUUUAUGACAGAAGCAUUAAAUCCAAGUGUUUAUACAUAUGAGGUGUCCCCAGUGUUUCUGUUAGUGGAAGAAGCGGUUCUGAAGAAAAUGAUUGAAUUUAUUGGCUGGAAAGAAGGUGAUGGAAUAUUUAACCCAGGUGGCUCAGUGUCCAAUAUGUAUGCCAUGAAUUUAGCUCGAUACAAAUAUUGUCCUGAUAUCAAGGAAAAGGGGCUGUCUGGGUUGCCAAGAUUAAUCCUUUUCACAUCUGCAGAGUGUCAUUACUCCAUGAAGAAGGCAGCCUCCUUUCUUGGGAUUGGUACAGAGAAUAUCUGCUUUGUGGAAACAGAUGGAAGAGGUAAAAUGAUACCUGAGGAACUGGAGAAGCAAAUCUGGCAAGCCAGAAAACAGGGAGCAGCACCGUUUCUUGUCUGUGCCACCUCGGGUACAACGGUGUUGGGCGCGUUUGAUCCGCUGGAUGAAAUAGCUGAUGUCUGCGAGAGGCAUGGCCUCUGGCUUCACGUGGAUGCUUCUUGGGGUGGCUCGGCUUUGAUGUCCAGGAAGCACCGCCGGCUCCUGCAGGGCAUCCACAGAGCUGAUUCUGUGGCCUGGAACCCCCACAAGAUGCUGAUGGCGGGAAUUCAGUGCUGUGCUCUCCUUGUCAAGGACAAAUCUGGUCUUCUUAAGAAAUGCUACUCUGCCAAGGCGUCUUACCUCUUCCAGCAGGACAAAUUCUAUGAUGUCAGCUACGACACAGGAGACAAGUCUAUCCAAUGUAGCAGGAGAGCAGAUGCAUUCAAGUUCUGGAUGACUUGGAAGGCCCUGGGCACAUUAGGCCUUGAAGAAAGAGUUAAUCGUGCUCUUGCUUUAUCUAGGUACCUGGUAGAAGAAAUCAAGAAAAGAGAAGGAUUCAAGUUGCUGAUGGAACCUGAAUAUGCCAAUAUUUGCUUUUGGUACAUUCCACCGAGCCUCAGAGAGAUGAAAGAGGGACCUGAGUUCUGGGAAAAACUUAAUUUGGUGGCCCCAGCCGUGAAGGAGAGGAUGAUGAAGACGGGAAGCCUGAUGCUGGGCUAUCAGCCCCACCGCGGGAAGGUCAACUUCUUCCGCCAGGUGGUGAUCAGCCCUCAAGUGAGCCGGGCGGACAUGGACUUCCUCCUGGACGAGAUAGACCUGCUGGGCAGAGACAUGUAG